AAAAUAAUGGGGCCAAAAAAGGGUGGGAAAUUGUGUUUCUGGCUUUUAUUUUUUAAAAAUAAUCGACACAGAGCGAGAGAGACUGGUUGGUAGCUAUCGUUGUGGUUUGUUUCGUUUCGCUUGGUCGCCCCUUUCUUCUUUAAGUUAUUGAUAAGUACGGGAAUUUUGGUUUAUGGCGACAGCCGGUGAUGAUGACGGCGAUGCGGUGCUGAGUGACGUGGAAGGUGAGAUCGAUGUGAGAGAUUCAUCUGAAGAGGAGGUUUCCGUCGAGAGAUAUAGGGAAGUGCUUGCAGAGUUAAAUCGCGAGAGGCAAGCGCGACAAGCGGCGGAAAAUUCGACGUCUGAAUUGAGUGAGAAAUUCAAUAGGUUGAAGGCCCUAGCACACGAGUCAAUCAAGAGGCGAGAUGAGUAUGCGAGACAGAGAGACGAAGCAUUGCGUGAGAAGGAAGAGGUUACCAGAUUGAAUGAGAAGUUGUCAACGGAAGUUUCCGAAGCUAAUAAUGCCAAAGAUGAGAUUUUGAAGCAGUUAGAUGAAAUGACGAAAGCAAGAGAUGGAUUAAAAUCGGAAAUUGAGAAUUCUGCUCACAUGUUAGUGACAGGAAUUGAUAAAAUAUCAGGUAAAGUUAGUAAUUUUAAGAAUUUCUCGGCCAAUGGAUUGCCCAGGUCACAGAAAUAUACUGGCUUGCCAGCAGUUGCUUAUGGGAUCAUAAAGAAAACGAACGAGAUUGUAGAAGAGCUUGUUAAACAAAUUGAUUCAACUGCAAAGUCCAGGAAUGACGUGAGAGAGCAGAUGGAGCAGAGAAAUUUUGAGAUUGCCAUUGAGGUUUCGGAGCUUGAAGCCACCAUUAGUGGAUUGAGAGAGGAGGUUGCAAAGAAAAGCAAUAUUAUUGAGGGUUUGGAGAAGACUGUGAAAGAAAAAGAUGAGAAGAUUGCUGAGCUAGAAAAUCAAGGUUUGGAGCUGAGGCAGUUAGUGGGUGAGUAUGAUGAUAAGCUGAGGAAUAUUGAAACUAAAAUGGAAUCUCAGAGGCCUUUGUUGGUUGAUCAGUUGAAUUAUGUAUCCAAAAUUCAUGACCAAGCUUAUAAUGUGAUUAAGUUUGUUGAUGAUGGUAAUAUGGAUCAAUUUGAGCUGUCUGAGUCAUUAUUUCUACCACAGGAAACUGAUAUGGAAGAGAACAUACGUGCUACGUUGGCAGGAAUGGAGUCUAUAUAUCAGUUAAUGAGAAUAGUGGGUCAGAAGACAAGGGAUUUGGUAGAGGAGAAGAAUCGUGAGUUGAAGAAUUUGAAUGAAACAGUAGGCCAAUUGGUUAAGGAAAAAGAACAUAUUGGUUCAUUGCUCAGGAGUGCUUUGUCAAAGAGGAUCACAGUAGAUACAUCUUCAAAAACAAAUGAGUUGUUUCAGGUAGCAGAGAAUGGUUUAAGAGAAUCUGGGAUAGAUUUUAAGUUCGGUAAGCUUCUAGACAGGAAGGUUCCAGCUUCUCCUAGUGAAGCUGUUAUGGAGACUGAGGAGGAUGAAAUAUACACUUUGGCUGGUGCUUUGGAGAAUAUUGUGAAGGAAUCUCAACUGGAGAUCAUUGGGCUACAGCAUUCAGUGGAAGAAUUAAGGGCAGAGUCAAACUUACUUAAAGAACAUGUGGAGUUUCAAGCCAAGGAGCUCAGCCAUAGAAUGCAACAAAUAGAGGAACUCAAAGAUAAGGAAAAAGUGGCAAAUGAAAAUGUUGAGGGGCUUAUGCUGGACAUUGCUGCUGCUGAAGAAGAGAUUACCAGAUGGAAAGCAGCAGCUGAGCAAGAGGCUGAUGCAGGCAAAGGUGUGGAACAAGAGUUUGUGUCACAGUUGUCAGGACUUAAACAAGAACUAGAAGAGAUGAAACAGGCUUUGUUGGAAUCAGAGAAGAAGCUGAAAUUCAAAGAAGAAACAGCUGCUGCUGCUAUGGCAGCAAGAGAUGCGGCUGAGAAAUCACUGAGGUUGGCAGAUAUGAGAGCAUCCAGGCUGAGGGAAAGAGUUGAGGAGCUGAGCCGUCAGCUUGAAGAAUAUGAAACAAUGGAAGACUCGAGAGGCCGAAAUAGACCUAGAUAUGUGUGCUGGCCAUGGCAAUGGCUUGGUAUGGACUUUGUGGGCAUCCGCAAACCUGAUUCACAACAACAGACCUCGAAUGAAAUGGAGCUCUCUGAACCCCUUGUCUGAAUAUAAGUGUUUCCUUUUCUCUUUCCUUGUUACUGUAUUUAUCUUAAACUCAAAUUGUUACAAAAAUGAAAAAAAAAAAAAUAUGGUAGCUUCUAGCACAACUUCAUUCUUCAAGGCUCCCUAAGUUGGAAGUAAUUUUUCUUGUUAUCAUGACUAAUUUCUUAAUAUCUCUUAUCACGAUUUGGUUUGCAAUAAAAGAUCAGCAAAGUUUCUGCCUGA